ACCUUACUUACUACCAUGUCGUUAUCCAUUUACCACAUUUACUACAAUUCCCGUGAUGCUUUGCCUCAGGACGUCCGUUUCCAGGGAGCGGAGGACUGUGGGAUUUGUAGUCCUCACUCUGAUUGGACGCUGCGGCGGUGUGUGAACAUCAUGGCGGCCGCCAAGGGCACACAGCUGGUGCUGAAGUCGGUGAAAGCGAUCGCUGUCCGCAUGUGCCCCUUCGAGUCCAACGUGCGGGCCACCAGAGAAUUUUUGGAAGCCAUUAACACCAAGAAAAUCCGCUCCAGCAAUACGAAUUGUGAAAUAACUGUUGAUGUCAGACAUGACAAGUCCGAGCCGUUAGUGGACAUUCUCUUUGUUGACGGCGAAAGACUGGUGUUUAAAUCUAGCAAUGUGACCUGUAAGGAGAUGGUAUCGAAAUUCAGUGCUGUCUGUGCAUGGAAAGACCUACAGGCAAAAGACAGUGUAAAGAAAUAGACUGCAAUAGAUCUGCUCCCAAUUUAUAGGUUUCCAGAUGAGAAGGAACAAGGGGCCGUUACUGCAUUUCCUAUUUAUUACCUAAUAUCUUCCUGUCUUUCACAAAUUCCAGUUGUAAUACCGCAUCUACAAGACUAGAACCAUCCCAGAUAUACUACAACCGCCCCUCACAUAAAAUCUUGUCUUCAGCUGCUAAACAUUUAUUUUUGUAUUGAAAUAAUUUAUCAAUAUUGUAAGUUCUCAAGGAUCCCGUAAUAUACCAGCACUUAAGAGAAUCUGUAUUUUAAACAGUCAGGAUAGUGAAAAGUUUAAAUAUUGGGUUGGUACUGAUUACUGAGGCCCGAGCCAGCCAUAGCGGGAAUUCUUGGUGCGUGGUGCCACGAAGGUUAAUGUUUUCCAGAGCAAGCGGUGAGGCCCGUAAGAUGUCACUGCAGCCCUGGGAAAGACUUUUGCUUUCUGUAAAGGAGAUUGCUGCUAGGUAAGCGCCAAUAAAGAACAAACAUUACUGAUACACUGUACAGUGACAAUCUCCUGAAAUAUCCCUUGGAUGAAUAUGAGUCAGUCAGAUAUUAGCAGUGAUGUCCCUUUAUGUCACCCACCUGAGUUCAAGCUGGAACAAUUGAUUAUUGGGCUCUUGUGAUACUGUAUUUGUGUUUUCUAAAUAAACAUGCUUGAUGAAUUGUUA